AUGCUCCGUCAAUCUUCUGCUCCUCAUCGCCCUGUGAUAACAGACGGCCAUUCUAAAUAUUCCAACGAUGGUAAACCUCCGUUAUCAAUUGACCAGCGGCUGGGACUUUUGCGCGAGGCUUGCGUAGACUUGCCAGAGGAAACACAAUCAAAAGUCACCAGCCUCCUAGACCGCAUUUCUGUCUGCAUCAGCGACCAGAGGCUUUCUACUGGCCCAGAGGAUGCCGUCAAGGACGAUGAUGAUACCGAGACCAGCCCUGAAGUUCAGGGCCAGACGACACGCUACGUUGACUUCACCGUUGAUAUGCCUCGCUUGGAAAAUUGUCAGGAAUACUUCGAGACGUAUUUCUCCACCAUCCAUAUCGCCUAUCCGUUUAUACCCAAAUCGAUAUUUAUGCACCGAUUCCAGUGUCUGCGUGGUGGCACUGAUGAUGGGCCUGUCACUAAAGCAUGGCUUUCACUCUUCUAUUCCGUGCUAGCGCUUGGCAUGCACCACCGCCAAACCCGAGAUCUAGCGUCGAAAGGCUCAAAAACAUCCCCGAGCCCCCAUGAGACCCUUUUUCGCAGGGCACUCGCGCUGACAGAUCUCCACAACCUCGAAGCGUCGACAGUACAAGUUUCAGCUCUUCUGGCACGAUGUUUCUAUCUCCUAGCCACUUCUCAGACCGACAGGUGCUGGGUCUCUCUCGGCGUCGCUAUUCGCCUUGCACAGAGCCUUGGGAUGCACGUUUCCCAUGUGGAAUCGCAACAAAAACACUGGAGUUACGGGCUGACUGGUAACGCACAAGCCGAGGUUCGUAGUAGAAACUGGUUUUGCCUCUUUGUUCUCGACCAGCUGCUUGCUUUGCAACUCGGCCGACCUUCCAUUACCAGCUCCGAAGCCUUUUGCGUACCGCUGCCAUCAAACCUCGACGAUAGUAAACACAAUUGGUAUACCGAUGAUGUCGAGCGAUUGGAGGCCCAGGAACAGUCCGUAGUUGACUAUUUCUUACACGUCAUCGAGUUCUCCAAAAUCGUCAAGCUCGUUGUCACGGAGCUCAGCAUGUCACAGAGGUCGACGAGCAUAAAGCUAGCCAGCAUUACUUACUGGGAUGGUCAGCUGCAGAAAUGGAAGCAAAAGCUACCCCGUCACUUGCAAUUUUAUGUGGCGCACGCUUUUGACAAGCAGAUUCUGUUUGAGCGUCAGAGAAAUAUGCUUGCUAUUAAAUACCACCAUAUUCGAACCUUGAUACAUCGUUCAGGCCUGGAGCUCCCCGGCGACCCCAUCACUCGCUUUGUUGGCGGACAGAAAGAGGUGGUACUGGGUAUGAGAGAAACGUGUAUAUCUGAGGCACGGAGCACGACGUUGCUCUUCCAUUAUGUUCAGGAUAUUGGAGAGAUAGUGCACGACUUUCCGUGGUGGUAG